AUGGUUGUACUACAGAAUGACACUGGAACAAGUACCGAUGGAUACCCUUUCCAGAUUGUACCGAACCCAAAUGGUUUGGGUACUGAAGGAUUCCUUUUAGUUGUACCAAAUCCAGAUAACACUGGAACAAGUGGUGACGGAUACCCUUCUCCGAUUGAACCAGAUUGGAGGUUCUGGAACAGUACUAAUAGUUCUGGCUACCCUUAUUUAGUAGUUCCAAACCUUGGUAUUUCUGGAACAGGUACGGAAUAUUCAUUUUCGGUUGUACCAAAUCCAGAUGGUUCUCAAGAUGGUGGAUAUCCAUUCAUGGUUGUACCAAACCCAGAUGACACUGGAACAAGUACCGAUGGAUAUCCUUUCCAGAUUGUACCAGACACUGGAAGUUCUGAAACGAGCAUUGAUGGAUAUCCUUUCUUGAUUGUACCAAACUCAGGUGAUUUUGAGACAAAUACAAGUGACGAGGGAAGUUCUGACACAACUACUAGCAGUUCUACUACAGUAAGCGAGGACCAGACACCUGGUUCUGGUUCAGAGAAUCAAUACCCUUUCUUAGUCAUACCAGAUUCUACCAAUUCUGGCACGAUUACUGGCGGACUCAUCAUACCAAGCAACCCUUCCACAUCGACCACGAGUGAAGGAAAUGAAGGUCAACAACCAACAGGCUCUGGUCUUGUGCCUGGGAUACUAGUGGCUAUACCUCAGUCAACCACCACAACACUUCAAACCACAACUGCAGAACCAACAACUAUUCAGUCUACAACUUCGGAACAACCUACAACUGCACAAGAGCCUACAACCACAGAUCAACCUACAACCACAGAACCUAUAACUACAGAACAACCCAGAACCACAGAACAACCUACAACCACAGAACAACUUACAACUACAGAACCUACAACCACAGAACAACCUACAACCACAGAACAAAACAACCUACAACCACAGAACAACCUACAAACCACAGAACAACCUACAACUACACAAGAACCUACAACCACAGAACAACUUACAACUACAGAACAACCGAUAACUACAGAACAACCUACAACCACAGAACAAUCUACAACCACAGAACAACCUACAACCACAGAACAACCUACAACCACAGACAACCUACAACCACAGAACAACACAACUACAGAUCAACCCAUAACUACAGAACAACCUACAACCUCAGGACAACCACAACCACAGAACAACCUACAACUACACAGAACCUACAACCACAGAACAACUUACAACUACAGAACAACCGAUAACUACAGAACCUACAACCACAGAACAAUCUACAACCACAGAACAACAUACAACCACAGAACAACAUACAACUGCGAACAGCCUACAACCACAGACAACCUACAACCACAGAACAACCUACAACCACAGAACAACCUACAACCACAGAACAACAUACAACUACAGAACAACCUACAACCACAGAACAACCUACAACCACAGAACAACCUACAACAACACAGAACCAACAACCACAGAACAACAUACAACAACCACAGAACAACCUUACAACCACAGAACAACCUACAACUACUCCAGACCACAACCACAGAACAACAUACAACAGCCACAGAAAACCCACAACCACAGAACAACCUGCAACUACUCCGGACCCUACAACCACAGAACAUACAACUACAGAAAACCUACAACCACAGAACUCUAACUACUCCAGGACCUACCCACAGAACAACAUACAACAACUCCAGAACCUACAACCACAGAACAACCUACAACUACAGAACAACCUACAACUACACAGAACCACAACCACAGAAGAACCUACAACUACACAAGACACACAACCACAGAACAACCUACAACUACUCCAGAACCCACAACCACAGAACCUACAACUACUCCAGAACCUACAACCACAGAGACAACCUACAACAGAACAACCUACAACUCCCGGAACCUACAGAACAAUCUACCACAGAACAACCUACAACUACUCCAGAGACCUACAACCACAGAACAACCUACAACUACUUCAGAACCUACAACCACAGAACAACCUACAACUACUUCAGAACCUACCCACAGAACCUACAACUACUCCAGAACCUACAACCACAGAACAAUCUACCACAGAACAACACAACUAUCCAGAACCUACAACCACAGAAAACCUACAACUACUUCAGAACCUACAACCACAGAACAACCUACAACUACUCCAGAACCUACAACCACAGAACAACAUACAACAACUCCAGAACCUACAACCACAGAACAACCUACAACCACAGAACAACCUACAACUACACAAGAACCUACAACCACAGAAGAACCUACAACUACACAAGAACCUACAACCACAGAACAACCUACAACUACUCCAGAACCUACAACCACAGAACCUACAACUACUCCAGAACCUACAACCACAGAACAACCUACAACUGCAGAACAACCACAACUACUCCAGAGACCUACAACCACAGAACAAUCACACAGACAACCUACAACUACUCCAGAACCCUACAACCACAGAACAACACAACUACUUCAGAACCUCACAACCACAGAACCCUACAACUACUUCAGAACCUACAACCACAAACAACCUACAACUACUCCAGAACCUACAACCACAGAACAAUUUUACAAGAACAACCUACAACUACUCCAGAACCCUACAACCACAGAAAACCUACAACUACUUCGAACCUACAACCACAGAACAACCUACAACUACUCCAGAACCUACAACCACAGAACAACCUACAACUGCAGAACAACCUACAACUACUCCAGAACCUACAACCACAGAACAACCUACAACUACUUCAGAACCUACAACCACAGAACAACCUACAACUACUCCAGAACCUACAACCACAGAACAACCUACAACUACUCCAGAACCGACAACCACCAGAACAACCUACAACUACUCAGAAUCUACAACCACAGAACAACCUACAACUACUCCAGAACCUACAACCACAGACAACCUACAACUACUCCAGAACCGACAACACAGAACAACCUACAACCAGAACAACCUACAACUACUCCAGAAUCUACAACACAGAACGCCUACAACUACUCCAGAACCACAACCUCCAGAACAACACAACUACUAACAACACAACUACUCAAGAACCUACAACCACAAAACAACCUACAACUACACCAGAAUCUACAACUACUCCAGAACCUACAACCUCAGAACAACCUACAACAAAGAACCCACACAGAGACAACCUACAACUACACAGAAUCUACAACUACUCCAGAACCUACAACCCAGAACAACCGAACCUACUCCAGAACCUACAACCACAGAACAACCUACUACUCCAGAACCUACAACUACAGAAAACCUACAACUACUCCAGAACCUACAACCACAGAACAACCUACAACUACUCUAGAACCUACAACCACAAAACAACCUACAACAACACCAGAAUCUACUACUCCAGAACCUACAACCUCAGAACAACCUACAACUACUCAAGAACCUACAACCACAAAACAACCUACAACCACAGAACAACCUACAACUACACCAGAAUCUACAACUACUCCAGAACCUACAACCACAAAACAACCUACAACUACUCAACCUACAACCACAGAACAACCGACAACUACUCCAGAACCUACAACCACAGAACAACCUACUACUCCAGAACCUACAACUACUCCAGAACUCCAAGAACUCCAGAACAACCUACAACCUCCAGAACCUACAACCACAAAAACAACCUACAACUACUCCCAGAACCUACAACCACAGAACAACCUACAACUACUCAGAACACCUACAGAACAACCGACAACUACUCCAGAACCAACUACAGAAAACCUCCCAACUACUCAGAACCUACAACCACAGAACCUACAACUACUCCAGAACCUACAACCACAGAACAACCUACUACUCCAGAACCUACAACCACAGAACAACCUACAACUACUCUAGACACAACCACUGAACAACCUACAACUACUCCAGAACCUCACAACUACUUCGAACCUACAACCACAAACCUACAACUACUUCAGAACCUACAACCACAGAACAACCUACAACUACUACAGAAUCUACAACCACAGAAAAACCUGCAUUUAGAACCUACCCCAGAACAACCUACAAAUACUCUAGAACCUACAACCACAGAACAACCUACAACUACUUCAGAACCUACAACCACAGAACAACCUACAACUACUCCAGAACCUACAACCACAGAACAACCUACAACUACUUCAGAACCUACAACCACAGAACAACCUACAACUACUCCAGAGCCUACAACCACAGAACAAUCUACAACUACAGAACUACCUACAACUACCCCAGAACCUACAACCUCAACAACGAAGCCUACAACCACAACAUCGAAGCCUACCACUACAACAACCACUACUACUACUACUACAACAACCACCACUACUACUACAACCACUCCUAAAACAACCACUACCACAACAACCCCUACUCGACGACCACUUAUCCCCAUCAACCCUCACAGUGUUCAGGGCGACAUACUCAUUGUAGACCUUCAGAGGAGUGACACACCUGGACAAAACCACGACACACCUGGACAAAACUACGACACACCUGGACAAACCUACGACACACCUGGACAAAGCCACGACACACCUGACACACCUGGACAAACCUACGACACACCCGGACAAAAUCACGACACACCUGGACAAAACCACGACACACCUUUACAAACCUACGACACACCUGGACAAAACCACGACACACCUGGACAAAACUACGACAUAUCUGGACAAAACCACGACACACCCGGACAAAACUACGACACACCUGGACAAAACUACGACACACCUGGACAAACCUACGACACACCUGGACAAACCUACGACACACCUGGACAAAUCUACAACACACCUGGACAAAACUACAACACGCCUGGACAAAACUACGACACACCUGGACAAAACUACGACAUAUCUGGACAAAACGAAGACGGAACUGGACAGAAUAAAGACGGUACUGGACAGAAUAAAGACGGUACUGGACAGAAUAAAGACGGUACUGGACAGAAUAAAGACGGUACUGGACAGAAUAAAGACGGGACUGGACAGAAUAAAGACGGGACUGGACAAAAAUUACGCAAUAGGAACAAUGAUAGAUUCAGCUCCUGGCGGUCGAGAUUUUUGGAUGUGAUGUUCCCAAAGGCGUUGAGUGUGCACAGUGGCCAGAACCCAGUAACCCACCAGACCCUUACCACCACCAUGACAGGCGACCCUUGUGAUGGACGCUGCCUCCCUCACUUCAAAACGGACUUGGAUGACAGGGAUGAGUUAUUCAGUGUGAAGCAAGAGGAAGCCGAAAAGGGCGGUAGCAACAUGGCCAGGGUGAAAGAGGAGGGAGAGAGAUACCAGGGCUUGGUUAGAUUUAUAAGAAAAGAUUUUAGUGACAGAAUGACCAGUGUGAAGGGCGAGGAAGAGGAAGGAGGAGGUCGCAGUGUGGUCAUCAAGGUGAACCAGACUGUCGGACACCGUGGGCAUCUCACCUACGGGUCAUUCCCCUUCUGGCCGUCUCCCGGCCUGCGGUGUCGCUUCCAGCUUUCACCCAGAGCUGACUACGACAAAUCCUUCUUCAAGGGUGACACCUCAAGUGAUACGUAA